UCCAGUGGAGAGUUGUGCGAUCGUUCGAAUGCUGAUCAGUUUCAUGGUGGAGGCGCUGGCGCAAAGUACGAUAAUCGGGAAACUGAAAACUACAACGAAAUCUAAAACAAAAUAAAAUUAUACGCAGAUACUUAAGAAAUUUAAGAACUUUUAUUUGAAUUCAAUAUGUUCUCAAAAUUAACCAUGAACGUGGGAGUGCGCUAUAUGAGCGCUCAACAACAAAAGCUCCAACAAACCGCUCAAAAAGUGACAUCACAACAAGUGUUCGACCGAGAAAAUAAGUACGGCGCACACAAUUAUCACCCACUACCGGUGGCGUUGACACGUGGCGAGGGUAUUUUUGUCUGGGAUGUGGAGGGUAAACGUUAUUUCGACUUUUUAAGUGCCUAUUCAGCUGUCAAUCAAGGUCAUUGUCAUCCAAAAAUUGUAAAUACUCUGACUGAGCAAGCCAAGAAGCUAGCACUAACUUCCAGAGCCUUUUAUUCCGAUGUUCUUGGCGAGUAUGAAGAAUAUAUAACAAGACUCUUUAAUUAUGACAAAGUUUUGCCAAUGAACACGGGCGUGGAAGGUGGAGAAACAGCUUGUAAAAUCGCACGUGCUUGGGCAUACAUGAAGAAACAAGUGCCAGACAACCAAGCUAAGAUUCUAUUUGCCGAGAAUAAUUUCUGGGGACGCACUUUAUCUGCGAUUUCAGCAUCAACUGAUCCUCUGAGUUAUGAAAAUUUUGGUCCUUAUAUGCCUGGUUUCGAAAUCGUCAAAUAUAACAACACAGAAUCUUUAGAGAAAGCUCUACAAGAUCCAAAUGUUUGUGCAUUCAUGGUUGAGCCAAUUCAAGGUGAAGCCGGUGUAGUGGUACCCGAUGUUGGGUAUUUAAAGAAAGUUCGACAGCUUUGCACAAAAUACAAUGUACUGUGGAUCGCGGAUGAAGUGCAAACCGGUCUGGCGCGUACUGGACGAAUGCUAGCCGUCGAUUAUGAAGAAGUUAAGCCCGAUAUCUUGAUUUUGGGUAAAGCACUUUCUGGUGGUCUAUAUCCCGUCUCCGCUGUUUUGGCUGACGAUCCAGUUAUGGAGUGCAUACGACCGGGUCGCCAUGGCUCUACGUAUGGGGGCAAUCCUUUGGGUUGUAAAGUAGCGCUUAGCGCAUUAGAAGUGCUGUUGGAGGAACGUCUGGCGGAGAACGCUGAAAAAAUGGGAUGUUUACUACGUAGCGAACUCAGCGCUUUGCCGAAAGAUGUUGUGAGCAUCGUCCGCGGCAAAGGUCUGCUCAAUGCUAUAGUUGUCAAUAAAAAAUACGAUGCUUGGGACAUAUGCCUGAAAUUGCGUGAUAACGGUCUACUUGCCAAGCCUACACAUGGCGACAUCAUUCGUUUCGCACCUCCACUGGUAAUCACUGAGGAACAGACACGCGAGUGCGCAGAAAUCAUAAAGAACACAAUACUGAACUUUUAAAUGUAUAUAAUUUUAGAAAUAUUACUCAAAAAUGGUAUUAUAUACCCAAUUUUUAGUUGCGCAAAAGCAGCAGUUAAGCAUUUAAGACACGAGAAGUUGUGAGAAUUCGUGGAUUCUAUUAAUAUUUAGUUUAACUAUUUAACUUAAUAAAAUAUAUAUUCAAUAUUUA